AUGUGCGCGGCGGCCCGCGGCGGGCGGGCGGCGGCCCGGCGGCUGAGCACGGCCGGGGCCGGGGCCGGGGCCCAGGGGGCGCCGGCGGCAGGAGCAAGCCAGCUCGGCAGUACAGCCCGUGUCCCAAAGCGCGGCGGGAGGGGGAAGAGCGUUGCUAUUGCCUAUGAGUCUGUGGAGCGGGAUGGCGCUGAGGAAGGGGUGCCUGAGCCCAAGAGACCAAAGUGGGAGCCAAAGAACUGGCGGCAGCAGCUGGAGCGUAUCCAGGAAAUGAGGAGCAGCAGGGAUGCUCCUGUGGAUCAGAUGGGAGUGGAUAAGUGUUAUGACAGCAGCGCACCUCCACAGGUUAUGCGCUACCAGGUUCUGCUUUCACUGAUGUUGUCCAGCCAGACCAAGGACGAGGUGACAUCAGCAGCCAUGUUGCGCCUGAGGCAGCGUGGCCUCACAGUCGACAGUAUUUUGCAGAUGGAUGAUGUGACACUUGGCCAGAUCAUUUAUCCUGUAGGAUUCUGGAGGAACAAGGUGAAAUACAUAAAACAGACGACAGCCAUCCUGAAGCAGAAGUAUGGGGGUGACAUACCAAGUACUGUGGAGGAGCUGGUGAAGCUGCCAGGAGUGGGGCCCAAAAUGGCCCACUUGGCUAUGCACAUUGCUUGGAACAGUGUGUCUGGGAUCGGUGUGGACACCCAUGUGCACAGAAUCACAAACAGGCUGAAGUGGGUGAAGAAGGAGACCAGAUCCCCUGAGGAAACUCGGGUGGCACUGGAGGACUGGCUGCCCAGGGAUCUCUGGAGGGAGAUAAACUGGCUCUUGGUGGGCUUUGGUCAGCAGACCUGCCUGCCUGUGAAUCCUCGCUGCAGAGAGUGCCUCAAUCAAGACAUUUGCCCAGCUGCUAAGAGAUGCUGACAGAUCAACCAGUCUUCCUAGAGCAACAAAGCUGCUUCAGCACAGCAGCAGCCAAGAGCUGAGCCCUAGUAAGGAUGUUUUGCAUGGGGCUGUAUGCAACUGCAGGGAAAGAGGAGCUGCAGCCAGCUCAGCAUCUCUGGGGAGGGAGAAGCUUACCUGCAAUGGCUGAGCUCUCAGGAGGGAAAAAGUGUCUUUGAAAGUGCAUCAGUCCUGCAGGCUCCCGGUCCUGUCUGAAUGCUUGUAUGUGGCCCAGAAGAGCAUCAGGCUAUGCAGUGUCAGGAGCAGCUGGUGAGAAACUCUGUCCUGCAGAACCUGCUGCUGCUUGUAAAUACACAUUUAAUAAAGGUGAGGGUGUUUCCUCCCCACUUAUAGGGUUUGCUGGCAUCUCUGCAGCACACAGCAGGGGGAGAAGAGUACUGGUGACCUCCCCAAAGCAUGAGACCAUAGCAACCAGCCCUGCUAGCUGAGAGCAGGCAGCACACAACAUGCCAAGUUGCCGCUCUAGCCUUAGCAGAGAGGGAUACUGCAUAUAACAAGGUACAGCUGAAGGCUUCAUAAGCCGGAUCAGAGGAGGCCACUGCCUGGAUGGGCAACCUUGAGUUCUGGUAGCACAGGAAGCCUGGGGAAGUACAGAGCACAGUGGGCAACAGACAAGCCAGCCAGGCUUCACUCUUAUUGCCACUUUAGCCAAACAUGGCCAUUUUUACUCUGGAUGAGCUCAAGACAAACUGAUCCAGGCAAAGCUGUUCAAAUUUAAGGCCUCAGUUGGACAGCUUUUAACUAUGUAUUUGAAUCCCACAGUGGGUGCUGGAGAUGAGCAGUACUUUCUUGAAUGCAGGCAGCACUGGGGACAAUGAAACAGCUGCAUCAUUAACAUUUUUCUCUUUAUCUAAGAGGCUGCAGUGAGUUUCCCUCUCUGCUUUCAAAUUUCUCUGAUUUAUACUUAGAAGACCUGGUAUAGAUCUUGGAGUCAUCCAAGAACUGUCCAUCACCCCCAAAGAGAAACCAAGACUCUUCUUACAGAUGGGUUUUGUUUGUGCUAGGAGGGAUUACAGCAGCUACAGCAUCCAGGCUAAUGCGUACCUCAGAAGCUGAGAAGGAACAUCAGUAACGGCUGUUUUUUGUUCUUCAAAGAAAGGGCAGUGCUGACUUCAGUGUAGAGCUUCAAAGGGCUAAUUUCAGCUACUCUUUAAACAGGCAAGGGAGGAAGCAAAGUUUAUAAUGCACUCAAGAAAGAUGUAAUUUCACUCUGAAGUUGCCUACCAAACAGAUGAAGAAUGAGCAAAUAAGUUGUACAUGGCAAAACCAAGUUUAUUACUGACAUUACAGUGUACAUUAUGUUUUUACAAUGCA